AUGUGGAGCCUUAUUAAGGAUGUGCGUGGGACGGUGCGUCAGGCAGUUGCCCCAAGGAAGGAGCGCUCUAAUGAGGAGCUGCGAAGCCACGAUGAAAGGCAACAGCCAUUAUCCUCAGGUCUCGCGGGCGUUGGCGACUUUCUCAGCGGCUGGUGGGACACAAUCAACAAAAAGACGAAGUCAUUCCUGCAGGAUGCGUUGGGAACAUCCGACAUCGACGCAUAUGAUGAACCUCUUCCACUUCUCUUGCGCCUCACUCCAGAGCAGCGUGAGGCAAUGCACGUUGACGAGAUUAUUCGCGAAAUUAGUGAGGCGGUGAGUGUGAUUGCUAUUCGAUCUGACAGGGUCCAUAGAGAGGCCUGCUUUCUCUUGAGUCUUAGCUUGGAAGAGCAAAUAGCCCACACAAGCGACUUCAUCAACUGUUACGAUUGGUGGGAGAAGCUGGUUAAUAGACGACUGAGCUCAUGCCAAGAAAUCCUACACCAUUGCCAAUGCCCGCCUGAAAGUGAGGAAUCCCACACCAUAUGUCUGCUUACCCAACGAAUCCACUCUAUACGAGAGAAAUGCACACAAGACAUGGCGACGAUUGCUUCAAGAGGACGCAUAUUGCGUGACGAGAGAUAUGAUUUUCUUGAAAAAAUACCUUGCGGUGAUCAAACAAAAGAAACAACAUACAAGCGACACCAAAUAAAGAAAACAGGUAUCACUGAGGAAAGCAUCAGUAGGAUAAAUCAACAUGAUGAGUUUAACAAAGAGGAUAUGCUUCGACAGUUAACGGAUAAAAGAAUCCCAAAGGAGGGUAACAAACUCAGAAAAACAACGAACAACCACACGAACAGCACAAACACAAAAGACGAAGCACAUAUUUUUUUUCAAGAAGAAGCAGAGGCACGCCGCCUGGCUGAGGAAGCAGAAUCACGUUGCCUGGCUGAGGAAGCAGAAUCACGUCGCCUGGCUGAGGAAGCAGAAUCACACCGCCUGGCUGAAGAAGCAGAAUCACGUCGCCUAGCUGAGGAAGCAGAAUCACGCCGUCUGGUAGAGGAAGCAGAGGCACGUCGCCUGGCUGAGGAAGCAGAAGCACGCCGCCUGGCUGAGGAAGCAGAAUCACACCGCCUGACUGAAGAAGCAGAAUCACGUCGCCUAGCUGAGGAAGCAGAAUCACGCCGUCUGGCUGAGGAAGCAGAGGCACGUCGCCUGGCUGAGGAAGCACGCCGUCUGGCUGAGGAAGCAGAAGCACGCCGCCUGGCUGAGGAAGCACACCGUCUGGCUGAGGAAGCAGAAGCACGCCGCCUGGCUGAGGAAGCAGAAUCACACCGCCUGACUGAAGAAGCAGAAUCACGUCGCCUAGCUGAGGAAGCAGAAUCACGCCGUCUGGCUGAGGAAGCAGAGGCACGUCGCCUGGCUGAGGAAGCAGAGGCACGUCGCCUGGCUGAGGAAGCAGAAGCACGUCGCCUGGCUGAGGAAGCAGAAUCACGUCGCCUGGCUGAGGAAGCAGAAGCACGCCGCCUGGCUGAGGAAGCACACCGUCUGGCUGAGGAAGCAGAAGCACGCCGUCUGGCUGAGGAAGCAGAGGCACGUCGCCUGGCUGAGGAAGCAGAAGCACGUCGCCUGGCUGAGGAAGCAGAAGCACGCCGCCUGGCUGAGGAAGCAGAAGCACGUCGCCUGGCUGAGGAAGCAGAGGCACGUCGCCUGGCUGAGGAAGCAGAAGCACGUCGCCUGGCUGAGGAAGCAGAAUCACGUCGCCUGGCUGAGGAAGCAGAAGCACGCCGCCUGGCUGAGGAAGCAGAAGCACGUCGCCUGGCUGAGGAAGCAGAAUCACGUCGCCUAGCUGAGGAAGCAGAAUCACGUCGCCUGGCUGAGGAAGCAGAAUCACGUCGCCUGGCUGAGGAAGCAGAAUCACGUCGCCUGGCUGAGGAAGCAGAAUCACGUCGCCUGGCUGAGGAAGCAGAAGCACGCCGCCUGGCUGAGGAAGCACACCGUCUGGCUGAGGAAGCAGAAGCACGCCGUCUGGCUGAGGAAGCAGAGGCACGUCGCCUGGCUGAGGAAGCAGAAUCACGUCGCCUAGCUGAGGAAGCAGAGGCACGUCGCCUGGCUGAGGAAGCACGCCGUCUGGCUGAGGAAGCAGAAGCACGCCGCCUGGCUGAGGAAGCACACCGUCUGGCUGAGGAAGCAGAAUCACGUCGCCUGGCUGAGGAAGCAGAAGCACGCCGCCUGGCUGAGGAAGCAGAGGCACGUCGCCUGGCUGAGGAAGCACGCCGCCUGGCUGAGGAAGCAGAAGCACGCCGCCUGGCUGAGGAAGCAGAAGCACGCCGCCUGGCUGAGGAAGCAGAAGCACGCCGCCUGGCUGAGGAAGCAGAAUCACGUCGCCUGGCUGAGGAAGCAGAGGCACGUCGCCUGGCUGAGGAAGCACGCCGCCUGGCUGAGGAAGCAGAAUCACGUUGCCUGGCUGAGGAAGCAGAAUCACACCGCCUGGCUGAGGAAGCAGAAUCACACCGCCUGGCUGAAGAAGCAGAAUCACGUCGCCUAGCUGAGGAAGCAGAAUCACGCCGUCUGGUAGAGGAAGCAGAGGCACGUCGCCUGGCUGAGGAAGCAGAGGCACGUCGCCUGGCUGAGGAAGCAGAAGCACGCCGUCUGGCUGAGGAAGCAGAAUCACACCGCCUGACUGAAGAAGCAGAAUCACGUCGCCUAGCUGAGGAAGCAGAAUCACGCCGUCUGGCUGAGGAAGCACGCCGUCUGGCUGAGGAAGCAGAAGCACGCCGCCUGGCUGAGGAAGCACACCGUCUGGCUGAGGAAGCAGAAUCACGUCGCCUGGCUGAGGAAGCAGAAGCACGCCGCCUGGCUGAGGAAGCAGAGGCACGUCGCCUGGCUGAGGAAGCACGCCGCCUGGCUGAGGAAGCAGAAGCACGCCGCCUGGCUGAGGAAGCAGAAGCACGCCGCCUGGCUGAGGAAGCAGAAGCACGUCGCCUGGCUGAGGAAGCAGAAUCACGUCGCCUGGCUGAGGAAGCACGCCGCCUGGCUGAGGAAGCAGAAGCACGUCGCCUGGCUGAGGAAGCAGAAUCACGUCGCCUGGCUGAGGAAGCAGAAGCACGCCGCCUGGCUGAGGAAGCACGCCGCCUGGCUGAGGAAGCACGCCGCCUGGCUGAGGAAGCACGCCGCCUGGCUGAGGAAGCAGAAUCACACCGCCUGACUGAGGAAGCAGAAUCACGUCGCCUGGCUGAGGAAGCAGAGGCACGCCGCCUGACUGAGGAAGCAGAGGCACGUCGCCUGGCUGAGGAAGCACGCCGUCUGGCUGAGGAAGCAGAAGCACGCCGCCUAGCUGAGGAAGCAGAGGCACGUCGCCUGACUGAGGAAGCAGAAUCACACCGCCUGGCUGAGGAAGCACGCCGUCUGGCUGAGGAAGCAGAAGCACGCCGCCUAGCUGAGGAAGCAGAGGCACGUCGCCUGGCUGAGGAAGCACGCCGUCUGGCUGAGGAAGCAGAAGCACGCCGCCUGGCUGAGGAAGCACACCGUCUGGCUGAGGAAGCAGAAUCACGUCGCCUGGCUGAGGAAGCAGAAGCACGCCGCCUGGCUGAGGAAGCAGAAGCACGCCGCCUGGCUGAGGAAGCACGCCGUCUGGCUGGGGAAGCAGAAGCACGCCGCCUGGCUGAGGAAGCACGCCGUCUGGCUGAGGAAGCAGAAGCACGCCGCCUGGCUGAGGAAGCACACCGUCUGGCUGAGGAAGCAGAAGCACGCCGCCUGGCUGAGGAGGAAAAAGCUCGCUUUCUCGCUGGGGCAGAAGACGUUAGUGGUGGGGAGGUCUAUGGGGUAAAUUUGACUUUUAUAAACUUUUUGCUUUUGCCUGAAAAUUCAGGUUUUCUUGAGCGCGAGGAGAGUAUAAAAAGGAUGAGAAUUGUGCGUUUAGAGCAG